AUGAGUCAAAGACCACGUUGGAACCCUCGCCGUCGCCACGGUGGCAAACGGGGGGUAUCCCUGUUCUUGGUCUUGACUCUCUUCCUGGGACUACACAUUGAAAUUUUAAAGUGGGAGAUUGCUAACUUUGUCUUGAACAAUGAUAACUUUAACCAACUCCUCCAACACAACUUUCUCUCCGGUUACAACAACUUGCAAAUUCUGCGACAGUUACAGAGCAGCAAGUCAAGAGCUCUGGUACAAGACGUGGAAAGUAUGGAUAUUGUGCCUGUCAAUGCGUUUCAUUUUGGGUUCUUUGACAAUCUCUAUGGCGCACCCACACAGGAAGAAUACGAGGGACUGCUGUGUCAGACCAAGGCAUUCUAUCUCGAUAUCUUUCAACUCAAACUGGGUAGUUUCAUCUACGUCAAUCUCUACUCUGCCAAUUGGACAUAUGCACCUGAUCAGCAAGAACCCAUCAGUCACACAGUGGUGGUACAUGCCACCUUUGAAGACGGCGUGCCGUUGCCACCAGAAGAAGUCAAUCAGGCGGUACGAGCCAGUAGCAUGGCACACUUUAUAGAAAAGUUUGUCUGGGCUGCCGAACCACGAGGGCAAAACGACGAACGAGGCGCGUUCUACGAUACCAACACGGUCACGGCCGAGGUAGGUCUUUACGAACGACAAUAUCAACGAGAAAACCUCGAGAUUGGCAACAUUGUUUUAGGAUCCAGCUUGACGUGUCCAGCCAAUGGCUAUUACGAAGCUACGUUGGAACUGGGGUUCUUUCCUGGGCAUAGUCGAAAGCCCACCAAUCAAGAGAUUCAAGAUCUUAUACCCUUAUCCGAAAAGUUCUUUACCCGUACCUUGCAAUCCACAUACACCACCCGACAGGUGAGUGUCCAACUGGAACUCAUGGGCUGGCAGUUUGAUGAUUCCAACAACAACCAGCUGCCCUUGAGUAUCACCUUUCAUCUUUCGGGAACUUUUGACUAUGGUGGAGGUGAUGUCGUUCCCUUGGAAUACAUAAAGGAAAAGCUGGCACACGACAAGCCACUCAAGGAAACCAUCAUGCAAGAUUACAUCAAAGAGGCAGCUUGGGAGGUCCCUCCCUUUAAGGAAUCCACCUUUUGGGAUGUCAAUCGCGCACGAAUGAACAGCAAGCUCUUUCGAUACAAGCCCAAACGUGACGAUGCCAAUGGAAUUGGAGGUGAUUCCACCGGACCUGCCAGUGGUAACAAUGGUGGACAACAACCGCAGCAAUCGAAUGGGUUUGGUGGACCGGGGGGGUUGGGAUUUCCCGGUGGCAGCAGCGGCAGUGCCGGGCCAGGCGGAUCCUUUCCACUCAGAGCGGGGUCGUUUGAUCUGCUUGGCGACAACAAUGCCACAGAUCCAAACGACCCCACGAGAACUACUGUGUUUAACAUGGCCCUCCAGCCCUUGACCAUACCCGACGACGAGUGCCGUGAGCAUCUGAGCAAUGCCAAUGCUGAUUUGGAUCGAUUUCUGACUACUGACGAGUAUGCUACGUUUGUAAACUCCAUGACAAACGAUUUUUACGCAGGAUAUCCGUACGCGGCUCUUCCGGAUGUUUUUCUGGGCGUUUUCGAAGACAUGUCGCUGAGGAACGAAGCAGGGCAGGAAGCCAUUGACCUCUUGGGGGCUUUCGAACCGGACAUAUCACAAGAAAACCUCAACCUCCUUGAAAAGACCAGGGCCAACAAGAUAUGCAAAUAUAUCAAGUCGUCGGCAAACACAGCCAUUGCACAAGCCCCCGUGAUGUCCACCAAGCUCAACUCCACUGUUGGUUUCUAUUUGGGCUACCAGCAAGCAGAUCCAGCUGCGGAGGGCCCCGAUAUGUCCGGGCUGGACACAGGCUUCCAAAACUUCGUUGGAGAUAUGGUUGGGCCGGCGGUUCAGGCGACUAUGACAGAGGGACUUCGAAAGAAUCGUCGGGAGUUGACAAGGCGGGAACUCGCGCUACAAGCACUCCGGCGCCAUCUUCAGGACGGAGAAGCUGCUUUCGUCAUGCCGAGCAGUGCCAAGAUGACUUCGGUAGAAGAGACAGAGUGCCGAGGACCUGACGCGGGUGAUCCCGAAAUGUCAUGCUACAAUGCCGAGGCUGGGUUGGACGUCUUCCUGAAAGGGAACGAAGCUCCAAGUAUGGCCCCAGAAGUUGGCAGCAUGGUAGAAGAUACAAUGGAAGAGUCCAUCGUCAAUGGGGACUUGCAAGCAGAACUACAAAAGAUCGAUCCAAACUGGAGAGUUCGCACGUUGCACGCGCCAACCGCCGCGCCUUCUGUUGCCCCUUCGGCUAGCCCAAGUGCAACCACGCCAGCUCCCACAGAAGCUCCCAAAAAGAGCUUUGCUCAAAGCCUCACAGAAGAUAGUGCUGGUGUCGCCACUGCAGCAACAGGUGCUGUGAUUUUGAUGAUUGCGAUACAAUGUGGUAGAGAGUUCUUGAUAGAUUUGUUUAUCAAGCUAUGUAAGAUGUGUUGCGUUUGCCUUACGGGUAGACGUCGAGAUGACGACGACGACGAGGAAGAGACAGAGUAUGCAUCGCGUGGUGACCCGUCGGGUGAAUUCGACGAAACUGUAUUCAGUGGUCAAAAGCCUGGCGAGGAAGAUCAUAACGACUCGGAUGAGGGGUCAGAGGAGGGUUCACAGGAGGACGAGUCGUCUUCUGAGGCAACCGCAUCAUCGGAAAUGCAGUCUUCGGCCGCUUCGACCGCUGAAAGUGAUGACGACGAAGACGAUGACGAAGAAGAGAGCGAAGAGGACGAAGAAGAAGAAGAAGAAGAGGACGAAGAAGACAGUUCAGAUUCUGAGGAAGAUACAGAAGGAGCACAAGCCGAGGAGGCCUCACAACUUGAGGACACGGACACCUCAGAAGCAGAGGAGACUGAAGCCGAGGACACUGAAGACAACAGGACUGAAGACAACAGGGCAGAAGAAACAGACCAUGCUGACAACCCUGAUGAUUCUGAGACCGGACCACAACCAUCAGACCAAAAAGGGGGCGACGAUGGCGAUGAACCCAAGUUUUCAUCCAGGAGCCUUGGCGACACGCAAGCAGAGGGUGGGGCGGAACCAGAUGACAGCAAUGAUUAUGCGAGCAACAAAGCUGCUGCUCUGGCUGCGACAGUGGCUGCAGGUGCUGGUGUUGCAGUGGCUGUGACAUAUGCCUCAGCUAGAGAAGGAGAAGACAACUCUGAUGACGAGAAACAAAUGAACUCACUCCAAGGUGAACUGCCCAAGGCUCAAGAGGAUGCCAGCCAAACCGAAUACAGAGAAUCAGAAAAUGCUGAAGCUGGUGCCAAGAAGGGACAUGGAGCUAAAGUAGAAGACAGCGUCGACGAAGCAGAGGUUGAUGCUGCUGACAAGACAAGUGAUGGCGGGUUGGGCCCUGAUGACAUCGCUAUGUCAGGAGAGAUUGAUACUUCACAAGCUGAGGACAAGGAAGACAGCAGGGCAAAGGAAAUUGACCAGGUUGAGAUCACCGAUAACUCUGCCAAAGAAGUGGAUGAAACAAGCGUCCAAGAGGCUACAGGGCCAGAAGCUUCGGACAAUGAGGGGAGCGAUGAUGGGGGGCCCGAGGUUUCGUCGAGGAGCCUUGGCGAAAUACCAGCAGUAGGCGAGGCAGAACCGGACGAGGCCGAUGAAAGCAAUGACAAUUCAACUGGCAGUGAUGACUAUGCAAGCAAGAAGGCUGCUGCCCUUGCUGCUGCAGUGACUGUGGGAGCUGGUGCCGCAGCAGCUGUGACAUACGCCUCAGUUCGAGAAAGAGAAGAGGACCCUGAUCACCAGCAGCAAUUGAACUCAGUUGACGUAGAACCCCUCAAGGCGCAAGCUGACGAAAGCAGUCAAACCGAACACGUUGAGCCGGAUAGCACUGAACCAGCUGUCAACAAAGAACAUGGAGAUCAAGCUGAAGGAACCAAAGAUGAGGUAUCGUCUAUUGCAGAUCGUGCUGAUACUGUGGACAACCAAAAUGAUGGAGGUUUUGGGCCUGAUGAUAUAAUCCUGCCAGAUGGGCCUCGAAAUGAGCAAAGUCAUCAAGAGGGUGAACACAGCCAAACUUCUUUGAACGAGGCUGCCAAGGGCAAUGACGAAGUCUCGCCACACGAUGGAAAGGUUGAAUCGAGUGAAGAAGAGGUUGAAAUUGACGAAACAAGCAAUACUGAAAGAAGACAGGAGGAACCAAUGAAGCUGGAAGGGCAGAAAGACGAAGAUGAAACCAGUGUUGUCAGCAGUGUAGUGGGACCGGCAGAUGCAUCAAGAUUCAGCUGGAUGGGAAUUGGUGCACUUGAUCCUGGCAAAUCCCAAGAAGCGCCACCGGAGACUGUUGACCAGAACGCAGGAGACGAUGACACAAGCGUCUUGGGAACUAGCGCUGUUGAGUCAGCAGACAGAGCCAAAAGCAACGUUGGUGAGGACGCAAGUAGCACUGCUGAAGGAGAGCAGGCUGUACCAGAACAUCAUGCGGAGGGCGACCACUCCAGUGUUGUCAGCAGUGUUGUGGGAGCAGCCGAUACAUCAAGGUUCAGCUGGAUGGGAAUAGGCGCACUGGACGCUGGAACCUCGCAACCAGCUCCACCAGAGACCAUUGAAAGCAAUGCGAGGGAUGAUGACGCAAGUGUCUUGGGAAGCAGUGCUGUGGAGCCAUCAGAGAGGGCAAGAAGAAGUGUUGAUGGUGGAGAUGCAAGUAGCACAGAAGCAGAAACGGAGGGUGCAGUAAAUGACGAAGGCGAUGACACCAGUGUUGUUAGCAGUGUGGUGGGAGAAUCAAACCCAAGGCUUAGCUGGUUUGGGUUGCCAAAAAAGUUGCAAGGCAACCAUCAAUAG